UGACGCGUAUAAUGGGUGGAGCCAAACAGCAUGCGUUGACUAAUAGAGGCGAGGGAAACACGGAAGCCCACGCCUUCUUUUUUACGUCAUUAUUUCGGCGCGGGAGACUGGAGUUGAAAGCUUAAUUUAAGGAGAAUUGCCGCCAAUAACGAGGAGGACCUACGAUGCCCUGUGAGAGAAAGCCGAUGCGCUACGGCCACUCAGAAGGCCAGACGGACGUCUGCUUUGACGAGCACGGCAAGUAUAUCGUUACGUGUGGAAGCGACGGAGACGUGCGCGUAUGGGAAAGUCUAGACGACGACGAUCCUAAAUCCAUAAAUGUCGGAGAGAAGGCCUACUCUGUAGCACUGAGAGGCGGGAAAUUAGUCACGGCCGUUUCCAAUAACACCGUCCAGAUCCACACGUUUCCCGACGGAGAUCCUGAUGGAAUACUCACCCGUUUUACCACCAACGCAAAUCACGUCACCUUCAACUCCAACGGCACGAGAGUCGCCGCCGGCUCCAGUGACUUCCUGAUAAAGGUGAUCGAGGUGACGGACAGCAGUCAGCAGAAGACCCUACGCGGUCACGACGCACCUGUUCUCAGCGUGACCUUUGACCCCAGCGACAAGUAUGUUGCCUCCUCCAGCUGUGACGGCUCGGUGGCGGUGUGGUCUGUAGAGCAGCAGACUCAAGUGGCGAACUGGAAGGUGCUGCAGAAGUCGAGCGACGUGAGCAACGCUAAAUCUCUGUGCAGACUCGCGUGGCAAGGAUCCGGGAAGCUGCUUGCAGUUCCAGUGGACACCACAGUCCAGCUGUAUGAGAGAGACUCCUGGACUCAUGUUGGCACUCUUUCUGAUGACCUCCUCACUCAGCAGGUCAUUAACGUGGUGGUUUGGUCACCGUGUGGGAAGUUUCUGGCAGCGGGAACAGUGGGAGGAACUCUCUCCGUCUGGAACGUGGAAGCUAAGCUGUGCAUCGAGAGGCAGAAGCAUGAGAAAGGCUUCACGGUGUGUGGCAUGGCCUGGCAUCCCGCCGGAGGGCAGAUCGCUUACACGGACACAGAGGGCUGCUUGGGCCUGCUGGACGGAGUGUGUGCAUCUUCGUCCUCAUCUUCAUCUUCCACUACCACCAAGAACACCACGGCUGCUGAGAGUAAAGAGCAGAACGGUUAUGACGAUCUGUUUGAUGAAGACGAGGGUGGCGACUGCGGCGGUCUGCUAGAUGAAUGUCGGAGCGUGUCGGGGGGUGAAGAGGACGACGAUGACCUCAUGCCUGCCACUCGCAAACCACGCAACAGAGGAAACGUCCUGGACGAUGACGAGAACUCUCGAGACACCGGCUCGGUGAAGGCGGAUAAUUUAGCCGGGGAUGAUGGAGAGAGCGGCGUUUUUCCCACUGCGGCGCCCCCUGCUGCAGAAGCAGCGCCACGCCCGGUUUACGAGGGUCCCGUGCCCACUGCGCCUCAGAGAGCCUUCCAGCCUGGAUCCACUCCGACGCACCUCAUGCACCGGUUCAUGUGCUGGAACUCGGUGGGUAUUGUGCGCAGCUACAACGAUGAACAGGAUAACGCCAUCGACGUGGAGUUCCACGACUCUGCUGUCCAUCAUGCCAUGCACCUUACCAACACGCUGGAACACAGCAUGGCCGAUCUAUCCCAGGAGGCCGUUCUGCUCGCCUGUGAAGGCACAGAUGAGCUCGCUAGCAAGCUGCAAUGCCUGCACUUCUCCUCAUGGGACACGAAUAAAGAGUGGAUAGUGGACCUGCCGAAGGGCGAGGACGUGAUGGCGGUGUGUCUGGGACAAGGCUGGGUGGCGGCGGCCACUAGUGCCAUGCUGGUGCGUCUCUUCUCCAUCGGUGGUGUUCAGAGAGAGGUGUUCAGCCUGCCGGGAUCUGUAGUGUGUAUGGCCGGGCACGGGGAGCAGCUUCUUAUAGUCUAUCACAGAGGCACUGGGUUUGACGGGGAUCAGGCUCUCGGGGUGCAGCUUCUGCAGCUCGGCCAAAAAAGAAAGCAGAUCUUUCACGGUGAACCUCUUCCUAUUUCCCGCAAGUCCCACCUGACGUGGAUGGGCUUCAGUGCCGAAGGAACGCCGUGUGCAGUGGAUUCGGAGGGCGUGGUGCGCAUGCUGAAUCGCUCUCUGGGGAACACGUGGACUCCUGUGUGUAACACCAGAGAGAACUGCAAGAACCGGUCGGAUCAUUACUGGGUGGUCGGCAUCCAUGAGAACCCCCAGCAGCUCAGGUGCAUUCCCUGUAAAGGGUCAGUUUUCCCGCCGACUCUUCCUCGUCCCGCCGUGGCCAUCCUGCCCUUCAAACUGCCCUUCUGCCAGACCAGCACGGAGAAAGGACAGAUGGAGGAGCAGUACUGGCGCUCGAUGCUCUUCCAUAAUCACUUCGGCUUCCUGUCGUCCAGCGGCUACGAGACAGAUGAGGCGAGUCAGAGGCAGCAGGAGAAGGAGCAGCAGGAGCUGCUGAUGAAGAUGUUCGCACUGUCGUGUAAGCUGGAGCGCGAGUUCCGCUGUGUCGAGUUGGCUGAGAUGAUGACGCAGAGCGUAGUUGCGCUCGCCAUCCGUUAUGCUUCACGCUCCAGACACAUGAUUCUUGCUCAGAGGCUCAGCGAGCUCGCUCUGGAGAAGGCCAGUCAAAUACAGGAGGAGGAGGAGCCAGAGGAGGAAGCAGCCUAUCACAGCCAGGCACAGAAUGCAAGGUCGAAUCAUGCAAGUCGACUCUCCAGGAACUCCAGCGGCAGAGUGGCACAGGAAGACUGCGGUGAAGACGAGCAGGAAGACGAGGAUGCGCAGGAAGCACCGAUGGAAGCAGGAGAAGAAGUGGAAAGCAGAAAGUCACGUGUGAAUCCGUUCAGCAAAGUCACGAAAUCACCUGAAAAACCUUCCAUCAGACCAGUCAGUAAAGAAGGCCGUGUGAACCCCUUUAAGGUCAGUGGAUCAGGAAAACUGUCAGCAUCUCCAUCGUCACAAACCAGAGCGACCAACGUUCUGGACACCAUGACUGCAUCCAGCAGGAAACACACAGCUUCGUCUAAAGCUCCAGUACUGAAGCCUCUGGCACCAAAACCACGCUCUAAGGCUCAGGCUACACUGCUCCAGAUGAGCGUGUCUAAAGGAGCGUCUAAAAAGCCGGAGGAGAAGGAGACGGAGAAACCGAGGGCUGAGAAGCCUGAGAAACCUGCAGCAGUACCUGGAGACAACGUGGAGAACACCAGACCGAGGACCGGUUUCCAGCUGUGGCUCGAAGAGAACAGGAAAAGCAUCCUCGCCGACAACCCGGACCUGGAAGAGAUGGGCAUCAUUAAAGAGGCCAUGAGCCGCUUCCGCACGCUGUCGGGCGACGAGAGGCUGAAGUGGACCGAGAAGGCGAAAGGCUCGACUGGAGAGGGUGCAGACCUCAAGAAAAGAAAGCGAGACGAAGAGGAGAAUAACGAAGCGGACGGGCAGGUGGACACAGACGAAAGCGGUGCAAAGAAGAAAAAGCCUUUGGACACGGCGGCUAAGCUCUCGGCUUUUGCCUUUAACAAGAAUUAAUUCUCUCUGUAGUAGUAUUUGUAUUAGUAUUUUUUUUUCUCUGUUUUUUAUACUUGCAAGUUCCUAUAAAAGUUUGUUUUUCUGGAAACUUUAAAAAAAGACUUUUGCAAUAACUUUUUCUUCCUUUUUUUUGUCUUGUUUGUUUGUACAUAUUUCUGUGAACUGUUUAACUAUACAGUAUAUGAAACUGGAGGCAAAUAAAAU